CUCACUGUUUUUGUCAUGGCCUCGUGUUUAGUGCCCGACUUCCCAGCUGUGAACAUGGCACUGGAACAUCUGGGAGAGCUGGAUAAGCAGCUGAGAGCAGAGGGAGUGGCGUUCAGUCAAGAAGCCAGUCGUCACCUGAGCCAGAUAUCAGACGCCAUUAAAGAACUGGAGGCGUCUAGAAAAGCUGUGCAUGAGGAACUUGAGGUGGAAACAAUAGAAACUGGAAAACUGCGCCAUCAGCUCCUGAGCCAGCGGGAUGAUAUUGUUGCUGAAAUAUCAGCUGCCGUGGCCGCUGCCAGAGGUGCUAACACAGAGGAGGUAAAUCAGCUCCAGCUGCAGAUGAUGAACGUUGUUCAGGAAAUCGAUUCAAUGGAGAAGAGACAGAAAGUUCUGGAGGAGCAGAACCAGGUUCUUCUACCAGAACACCAGCUCCUGAAUGCAAGCUACACCGAGCUCAUCGAGCGGCUCAACCGGCAGCUGUCAGAGAAAGCCGCUACUCAGAUUACGCUGAAUGAAACGAGGAACGAGAUCCAGACUACGAAGGAGAAGAUCUCUCUAGUGCACUCGGUCAGGAAAGAUCUACAGGAGAACCUGAUCACGGAGACGAAGCAGUUUAAAGAAACCAAGAAAAUGCUCGAGAAAGAGAUUGAUGAGAUGAUGAGCAACAUUCUGGAGCAGACAAAGAUGAACACUGAGAUGCAGAAGGAGCUGGACGUGGCUUUAGCUGAGCUCAUGAAGAAAGAAGAGAGAGCUGACGAGCUUUCCAAUCAAAUCUCCUUGUUGGAGAGAAGAACGUUCAGACUGAAGGCAUCACAACAGAAACAUACAGAACAGAUCAAGGCUAAGAAUGUUCAGUCAGAAGAGCUCAGUAAGCAGAAAGAGCUCCGUGAGAAAGAGCUAGAAGAGCUGAGAGAAGCACUGAACCUGCAGCUGCUCAGGCUUCAGCAGAACGUCGGAACGGUGGAACGAGAGAUAGAAGAAGAACAGAAGGAGAGCAGCGUUCGUCUCGAGGCUCUCUCUGAGCUUUCAUCUAUUUUCAGAGCUCAGAAGACAAAGGAAGACGACGCGCUGGCGGAUCACCGCAGCCUGAACAGACAACUGGAAAAAUCGAAGCAGAUCCUGGACGAGAGAUUUGCCUCCAUCGCCAAAUAUAGACUUCAAAUCAAAGGCAUGGAGGAGGAGAUGAAACAGCUUCAUGAAGCCAACAAAGUCACAGUGGAGAUGUUUCAGAAGAAGCUGCUGGGUCUCGAGGAGCAGCUGGGCAGAGAGAAGAAGAGCAGGGCAGAGUUUGAGGUGGAGAGAGAAGACCUCAGUGUGAAGAUGGAAACUCUGAGAGAGCAACAUGAGGACAGCGUGAAGAAACUCCGUUCUGUCCUCACAUUACACAGGACGAGAUACAGAGAGCUUAGUGACCAGAAGACAAAACUCCAAGAACAUGAAGCCAUGAGCUUUUUAAUGGAGGAACUCACACACCAGAUCUCCAGAGCAGAAGCCGAGCACAAACAGAUGGAAAUCAAGUACAGCAACGAAAUACAGCAGAUCAGAAUGGAGGCUGAGUCAAUGACUCGAGCUCGACUGGAGGAAGAAAAGGAGCUGAAGGAUCAGGAGUCCAUGCUGUCGAAGGUCGAGGCUCAGUUUGAUGUUGAUCAGUCUCGACAUCGAGCCCUCAAACAACAAUCAACCGAGCUGAAGGCCAGAAGAUCUCACCUGGAGUUUUCCAUACAGGAGGUGAAAGAGCGAGUGGCAGCGACGCUACAGCCGAAGGAAGAUCUGAAGAAGGAGCUGCAAACUCUGCGAGAGAACCACAUGGAGCUCGUGCGAUCAGACGCCGAACAGAUCAGAGCAACAGAGAGGAACAUUUAUGAGAUCGGACUGAUGCUGGAGAAAGUAAAGAUGGAAAACUGUCGCCUGCAUCUGUGUAUCGAACGAAUGAAGGAGGACAUCGUUAACGCGAGGAAAGAGAAGGUGAAGCACGCACAGGAAACGGACUGGAUGAAAGAGGAAGCGAAGUCCAUUUAUAGAGGUUUAGUGGAAACCUGGAGCAAAGACAAACUGGUUACAGAGGAAUCUGCAGAAAACGACCAGAAGCUGUUAGAAGCCAUGCAGACGUUCAUGCUACGGGUCCAGGAGAGGAAGCAGAACGUCGGAGACAUCAACAUCAGGCUGGAGACGGAGAUAAAGGCCAUGAGAAGGCUGCUAGAAAUCAGGAACUCUCAACAGAACCUACAGUAAAGGAGCUCCAACAGGUUCUGUGAGAACGUUAGUGUCUUUAUUCCACAUGGAAUCAGCAGAGAGCUGGAGAAACCACUCAAGCUGCAUUUUCCUUCUUUAACUUUAACUUUAAGAGCUGAAACAUCAACAAUAUGGAUACAACUUUAAUUGCUGUGGUGUAAAAGGAAUAAAACGCUUCAAUCGUAAUGUUUAUUUAUAAAAGAUGAGAAAAGCUGAAACAGUCGUAUCUCGGUAGCGACGUGUAAAACUCAUGAAGAGAAUUCUUUUUUUCAUCUGUUUAUAUUGCACUAAUAACUUCACACGUCUGCUUCGAUUUCUUCUCAACAGUGAAACCCUGAACAGAUCUAUUUACAUGCAGGAUUCAGAGACAUUAUACACACACACACACACACACAUUAAACAUGCUUAAAAAUGUCUAGAUACACAGAUAUAGAUACAGAGAUAGAGACGUCUCUCACACGUACGUCACGUGAUCCGAGUUAAUGACCCGAAAACAUUUAUAAUCAUCUUCACCUCACGCAUGCGACAGUUUGGCACAGAGAAGAUCACAAAAAGAGACAAAUAACAGGAUAAAUAAGGAGAAGGUCUCACAGACCAGCUGCAAUAAACACAACAGAGAGAAAAGGAAAACACACACACACACACACCCACACACACACACACCCACACAGAGUC